AUGUCCUUGAACACGGCUCAUGGGGCCAUCCAAAUACCUAUAGACACAACGGCGGCGUCAAAAAGCGCCGAUGAGAAGCGUAAACGAAAUGCUGGCGCUUCCGCAAGAUUUCGUCAACGUAGAAAGGAACGUGAACGUGAAAUGUCGACCAGAAUCAGCGAUUUAGAGCAGCGCGUCAAGAAAGUAGAGGAGGAACGGGACUACUAUCGAGACCUGGCGUUGAGGUUGCAACGGGGUGGUGGACGACCACAACAGGGGCAACCACAAUCCUUGUCACCAUCGCGGAUUGGAAUGGCAAUGGGACCCGGUGACAGCGGAUUUGGCGGGUUCAGACCGAGCGAAAUUUCGCGUCCAAGUUCCAGCAUGCGGGAUUUUGGGUCACCAAUGACUGGUAUUGAAGUGAGCGGUGACCAUGGGCAAGGUAGCAGGAGUGGUCAUCCAGGACAUCCGGGGACACCGAGGAUGAGACAACCAAUGGACAGCGGUGCUGGUAGUGCAUUGAAACGAGAGACUGAAAUGUAUGACCGGGAACAUCACGGGGCUGGGGGUAGUGAUCAGCGACAUCACUAG